GCAGUUAUCUCUUAUGCACGCAAGGCAUAGGACUUUUAUAGUUGCCACAGAUUUUCUUUCAGUCUGGCCGCUGCAACAAAAAUAAAUUUUUCUCGCACCUCUAAGUGGGUGUGGGGUGAUAAUGAGGGGGUGAUAUUAUUAUGUGUUUUGAGGAGAUCAAGAUCGUCACAUAUUUGGAGAUUGUGUCGUGUUUCCGAGGGUUUGCCGAUUGACUACGGCUAAGGCCACUGUUUGCCAAGACUCAUGAAGCUUGGUGGUAGCAUUUGAUUUUAUUGUAGAGAAACUAGAUCUUUGUUCCAGGCUUCUGGACGUAAUUGAGCAGGAUACUUCUUCGACAAUAGCUUUGUAUAUAACAUAAUAAUUGGCUUUGAUUGUAAAACUUCGGUCUAUUUGCAAAGAUGGUUAGAUUUUCAUGCUUCCAGGCUCACAUCCAUUCCCAUAAGUCUAAGAAAACAGUUCAUCUGUCUGCUGAAGCAAUGCAGAAGGCACUGGAAGACUCUUCUGAAAAUCAGUGCAUGAAGGAAUUCACUAAUUUGGCAGGAACCAGUCCAUCACAUUUACAGAUGCAAGGAGACACUCCCAAUACCAAUGUGAAUCCUGAUACUUGUGUCUCUUCUAUUGAGCGUGACUGGAAAUCUGAAGAAAUCAAGAGCAACGGUAGCAUUGAAAGUGAUAUUGGGAUUCAUAAGGGAGGACUUAUUAAAAAGAGUAUGUCUUUGGGAAGUGGCCUGGACUGGAAAGGGAGGGCAUCUUGUGGCGUUAACUGUGAGGAUGAGGCGUGUCAAGGAUUUUCUUGUGAUGGAUCUCAUGAUGGCAGUGGAUCAGUUGUUCCAGCUGGAGGCAACAAUCCUGGUAUAAACCUGCCCAAUCAGUUCCAAGAAGCUAUACCCUCUGAUUCUCUUCAAAUGGGUUCUGAUAUGUUCAAUAAUGAAUCAAUUUUUUCAAUUGGAGAUCCUCCACAUUCAGAAAAAGAAGGCCGAGAAAACUCUGAUGAACAGUUUUUAUGUGGCGAGUCUAGUGACCAUGCACCUCGUACACCACCUGUUAUUGUAAAAUCCAGAUCUGUUCCCAACAUUGGAUCCUAUGGUGAGCAUUCUUCUUAUGCAUCAUUUGCUCCUCGUUCUAGAUCUUCUGAGGAUUUGAAUGUUUUAGAUUCAAGGCAGAAAGAGAUGAUGGCCCAUGAGGUGGGACCACAGAGAAUACCGGAUGAGGACAGAGAUGAUUAUGCAUUAGACAAUGAGAAAAAUAAUUGUGAAAAUCCUGCUGAUGAUAGUUGUGAUAACUCUAAUUAUGAGGGUUUGUCAAAAGACUGGAUAGUACCUGUUAUGGAUGAGGCAAACACAGUUAAAAACAUUCAGGGAGAAUUUUCAGUUUGUGGGCGGGAUGGAUUGCCUAGCAAGGAUUUUAAAAUAAAGCGAAUUGAGGAUUGGGUUAUGGAUCUUCAGCACUGCAGCCCCUUGGAAGAAAAAAAUGAAUUGUCCACUUCUGCCGUUCAUCAGGAACUGAGAAGUGACACUGUCUUGGAUAGUCUAAUUACUGCAAGAUUCAAUAGUAAAGUCAAUCCAGGCAUGGAAGCUGCAAAAAAUUAUUUAUCUUCUUUGACUGCCACAACAACGACAGCUCAGCUGGCAAAUCAUGGGUUGGUUGUGAUCCCAUUUCUUAGCACUUUUGUAAGCUUAAGGGCACUUAAUUUAUCUGGAAAUGCCAUAGUGAGGAUUACUGCUGGUGCUCUCCCUCGAGGACUUCAUGUUCUGAAUAUCUCCAAAAACAACAUCUCCACCAUUGAAGGUUUGCGGGAACUUACGCGACUUCGUGUAUUAGACCUGAGCUACAAUCGAAUACUCAGAAUUGGACAUGGCUUAGCUUCUUGUUCCUCCCUGAAAGAACUAUACUUGGCUGGGAACAAAAUUAGUGAGGUCGAGGGUCUUCACCGGCUUCUAAAACUGCAUGUCUUGGAUUUGCGUUUCAACAAAAUCUCUACAGCCAAAUGUCUUGGCCAACUUGCAGCUAAUUACAAUUCUCUACAAGCUAUCAGCCUGGAAGGGAACCCAGCCCAGAAGAACGUAGGAGACGAACAACUAAAGAAAUAUCUGCAAGGCCUUCUUCCCCAUUUGGCUUACUUUAACAGGAAAUCUAUCAAACUAGGCACUCUAAAAGAUGCACCAGACCGGCCAGCUCGUUUAGGUACCACUGCCCACCAGAUUGAUCGUGGCCUUCGAUCAGAUCUCAAGACUACGAGGAAGGGAAGCCACGGUCUUGCUGGUCAUAAGGUAGCAUCUUCUUCGUCGAUUCAUGGUCGUAGAAAUCACGUGGUAGCAGCAGCCUCAUCAAAACCAUCAAGCAGCAGGCAUGUGCGCCAACCUCCUCCUAGUGGAACUAAGACGACAACACAACGGCAUCAUUUUAACGAUUUGGGCAGCAAACUUCUGAGCUUCAAAUCUGAUCACUCCGUUCGCAGGAGUCGCAGUGAGGGAACUUUAGCAGCUCUCUGAGAUGAUUUCAAAUGGUUUCUGUAUGAAUUUGGUUCAAAACUAUGUUUUUGCAUAUUUGCACUGUUAAAUUCUGAGUUUUAGAUUACAUGAUUGCAGUGGUUUUCCACAGUGCAAAACUCUAUCUGGUUCAAAAUGUUGAUAUGUUGAUUUCUGGGAUUGAAAGCAUGAAUAACAACCCUCUUCAAAUUGUUGAUGUUGCAGAGGUAAGAUUGCUUAUAUCUAACCUUCUCUUGACCUCGCAAUGAUGCGAG